AUGCUUCCCUUCCUUGUCACAGCACUUUUCCUUUCACGUGCAUUUGCACAAACAACAGAUUCCAAUGAAUCGACUGAAUCCACAUCACGUCCUACAACAACUUCAGAUACCAAUGAUUCUAAUGAGUCAACAUCACGGCCUACACCCGUGCCAACAGCGAGAAAUCUUCAGAACGCAACCAACAACACUAUUGACCGCUUGAACGAAAUGAUAGCUGACAGUCAAAAUGAAAGAAACACUAACCUAUUCAGGACGGCAAUCACAUCCCUUCGGAAUGUGCAACGGCUUGACUACGACAGGGAGACAUUACAACAACUUGCAGAGAAUAUUCGACGUUUGAAUGCUGCUAAUAAUUUGUACGACAGGAGUGACUGCACUGAGGACACGGACUUUGAUGACGACAUCGACGGCCUCAACGAUGACGUGAGAAUUUCUAUAUUUUGGAUCGCCUAG